AUGAUAUCAGGAGAAGGGGAUGCUUAUGUAACCACUGAAGGUUAUUCUAUAUAUAGCUCUGAGGAUGUUAUAAAUCACUUCGGAGACUUAUUUCAUAAUCUCAGAACCCAACAAAAAGGAGGACAACAUUCUAAAUUGAUGUUGAAGAGGUCACCUAGUGCAACAGAACCAUUUGGUUUUGCUUGGCCUGGUGGUAGACCAAAAAAAACCAAGCCAAGAAAAUGGACUAGCAAGAUUAGUGAAAAAACUAAGCAGCCGAGCACAUCGGGACAACAUGAAUUCUCGUGGCCGAAAAGAUUAUACAAGAAUAAAAAUAAGAUGAAGGAGCUCACUACAACCACAAAACAAGUGGCAUCCUCUGGUGGUAUUAUUUGGAGAAAAUUCAACUGGAAUACUGAACCAACAAACAAAAAUCAUUUUGAUGAAGAUAUACGUAAGGCAGAAAAUGAACUGGGUCAAGUAUCUUCAGAAGAAAUAACAGUUGUGGGACCUGUGGAUUACUAUUCCAGAAAGAGUGAAACAAGCAGAAUAGGAUCAAACUUCAAUCAGUAUGAGGAUUAUGAUCAAACUGACCAAAUUUAUUUGAUGAACAUUGAGUCAGGUUCAGGACAAAGUGAAAUCACAACAAGUUCUGAAACUGUAGAUGAUAGAUCGAGGGGAAUAGUACUGAAUGAUGAAGAUAAUGAAAAUACAUUCACGGUAUAUGAAGAGCUUGUAACUCCGGAAAAUCGGGAAGAAAUGUUAGAAACAACCCAAACACUAAUCGAAGAAAUCAAACAAGAUGAAUACACUGUCAAUGCAGACGAAGAAACGACAAAUAAUGACAUUGAUGCCCUAAACCCCGAAGAAAAAAAGAAACUUUUUCAGUUAGCUGAUGAACUACUGAAAGAUUUCAGAACUCUCACUAAAACCAAAGGGUAUGGGUCAACUGAAGUUACGAGCCAGAUUUCCAAAGUGAAAUCUGAAGAUGAGGAAGGUAUAUCAGAAAUGAACAGAACUGAUAAAAAAUCAAAAGUUAUUGAGCCUGUGACCACUGAAAUUGUGACAACGGCAGUAAGACCUGAAACAGGAAGCCAAGAAUGGCAACAAUACAGUUUAACUGAAGUGACUACUAAUCGGUCUUUCAAAGUGGCAACUGAAGAGGAAAAAGAAACUCAAACCAGUGAAGACUCAGACGUUAAUGAUAAGCCUGAGACCACAGAAAUGAGGACAGCAAUAACAAAGAAAUAUGUGACUGAGGUGAAAAAAGAAACAAUCAAAGUAGAAUCUGAACAGGAAGUAGAAACAUCAGGAGGUGGUUUGAAUGAAACCAGUGGAACAUCUAUACUUACUGAACCUAGGGCCACCAAAAUUAUUACAACGGUAAUUAAAAAGUAUACCACUAAGUUAGAACCUGAAAUGAGAACCAAAGAUUGGCAACAAUACGGUUUGACUGAAAUCACUAAUCAGACUUCCAAAGUGGAAUCUGAAAAGCAAGAAGAAAUAUCCGAAGAUGGCGAGAGCAAAACUAGUGAGAAAUCAGAAGGUACUAGGAAGGAAGGUGUAACUGAAAUAAGAAGCGAAGAACUGCAACGAUACAGUUUGACUAAAAUUACUAGUCAGGCUUCCAAAGUUGAACCUGAGGAAGGAAUAGAAACAACAGAAAGUAUAAUGAACAGAAGUACUGAAAAAUCGGAAGUCCCUGUGAAACCUGAAGAAGUGAAAAUAUCAGAAGGAGGCGUGAGCGAAACUAGCGAGAUAUUUAAAGUUACUGAGCCUGAAACCACCGAAAUUAUGAUAAGUGUAUCAAAAAAAUAUGUGGCCAAGGCAAAACCUGAAAUAAAAAGUUUGGAAUGGCAACAAUACAGUUCCACUGAAAUUACCAGUCAGGCUUCCAGAGUGGGACCAGAGAAGGAAGUGGAAACUUCAGAAGGUAGAGUCAGUGAAACUACAGAAAAAGCGGAAGUUACUGAGCCUCACACCACUGAAAAUAUGACAACUGUAACCAAAAAAUAUACGACUAAGAUAAAACCUGAAUUCAGAAGCGAAAGAUUGCAACAAUACAGUUUAUCGGAAAUUGUAAGUCAGACUUCCGAAACGGAACCUGAAGAGGAAGUGGAGUCAUCGGAAGAUAGAAUGAGAGGAACAAUUGAAAAAUUGAAAUUUACUGGGUCUGAGACCACUGAAAGUACGGCAACUGUCAGCACUAGUCAGGCUUCCAUAUUGAAACCUGAGGAGGAGGAGGAAACAUCAGAAGGUAGAAGGAGCAGAAUUACUGAAGAAGUUACUGAGCCUGAUAUCUCUGAAAAUAUGACAACUGUAACCACACAAUAUGUGACCAAGGUGAAACCUGAAAUGAAAAACAAAGAAUUACAAUAUAGUUCAACGGAAAUCACUGGUCAUGCUUCCAGAGUGGAAUCUGAGGAGGAAGUGGAAAAUUUAGAAGGUAGAACCAGCGGAUCUACUGAAAAAUCUGAAGUUAAUGAGCCUGAGAUCACUGAAAAUGUGAGAACUGUAACCAGAAAAUAUGUGACCAAGGUGAAACCUGAAAUGAAAAACAAAGAAUGGCUGCAAUACAGUACAACGGAAAUUUCUAGUCAGGCUUACAGAGUGGAACCUGAGGGGGAAGUGGAUACUUUAGAAGGUAGAACCAGCGGAAUUACUGAAAAAUCUGAAGUUACUGAGCUUGACAUCACUGAAAAUAUGAAAACUGUAACCAGAAAAAAAUAUGUGACCAAGGUGAAACCUGAAAUGAAAAACAAAGAAUGGUUGCAAUACAGUACAAAGGAAAUAUCUAGUCAGGCUUCCAGAGUCGUACCUGAGGAGGAAGUGGAAACUUUCGAAGGUAGAACCAGCGGAAUUACUGAAAAAUCUGAAGUUACUGAGCCUGAGAUCACUGAAAAUAUGACAAGUGUAACCAGAAAAUAUGUGACCAAGGUGAAUCCUGAAAUGAAAAACAAAGAAUGGCUGCAAUACAGUACAAUGGAAAUUUCCAGCCAGGCUUCCGGAAUGGAACCUGAGGAGGAAGUGGAAACUUUAGAAAGUAGAAGCAGCGGAAUUACUGAAGAAACUGAAGUUCCUGAGCCCGAGAUCAUUGAAAAUAUGACAACUGUAACCAUACAGAAUGUGACCAAGGUGAAACCUAAAAUGAAAAACAAAGAGCUACAAUACAGUUCAACGGAAAUUACUGGUCAUGCUUCCAGAGUGGAACCUGAGGAGGAAGUGGAAACUUUAGAAGGUAUAACCAGCGAUAUUACUAAAAAAUCUGAAGUUACUGAGCCUGAGAUUACUGAAAAUAUGACAACUGUAACCAGAAAAUAUGUGACCAAGGUGAAACCUGAACUGAAAAACAAAGAAUGGCUACAAUACAGUACAAUAGAAAUUUCUAGCCAGGCUUCCGGAAUUGAACCUGAGGAGGAAGUGGAAACUUUAGAAAUUAGAACCAGCGGAAUUACUGAAGAAACUGAAGUUCCUGAGCCCGAAAUUAUUGAAAAUAUGACAACUGUAACCAUACAAUAUGUGACCAAGGUGAAACCUGAAAUGAAAAACAAAGAGCUACAAUACAGUUCAACGGAAAUUACUGGUCAUGCUUCAAGAGCGGAACCUAAGGAGGAAGUGGAAAUUUUAGAAGGUAUAACCAGCGGAAUUACUGAAAAAUCUGAAGUUACUGAGCCUGAGAUUACAGAAAAUAUGACAACUGUAACCAGAAAAUAUGUGACCAAGGUGAAACCUGAAAUGAAAAACAAAGAAUGGCUACAAUACAGUACAAUGAAAAUUUCUAGUCAGGCUUCCAGAGUGGAACCUGAGGAGGAUGUGGAAACUUUAGAAGGUAGAACCAGUGGAAUUACUGAAAAAUCUGAAGUUACCGAGCCUGAGAUCACUGAAAAUAUGACAAGUGUAACCAGAAAAGUUGUGACCGAAGUGAAACCUGAAAUGAAAAGCGAAGCAUGGCAGCAAUAUGAUCUAACUGAAUCAACUAGUCAUGUUUCCAAAGUGGAACCUGAAGAAGUGAAAACAUCAGAAAAUGGCGCAACGGAAAUUAGUGAAGAAUCUGAAGUAACUGAACUUGCGCCCAGCGAAACAUCAGAAAGUAAAAUGAGCCUUACUACUGGAAAAUCUAAAGUAACUAAGACCACUGGAAUUAUGACAAAUGUAUCCGAAAUAUAUGUGACUGAGCUGAAACCUGAAAUGGAAAGUGAGGAAUUGAAACAAUACAGUGUGACUGAAACUACUAGUCCGGCUUCGAAAGUGGAACCUGAGGAGGAAGUGGAAACUUCAGAACGUAAAAUCAGUGGAACUUCUAGAAAAUCUGAGGUUACUGAUCGUGAAACUACUGAAGAUAUGACAAAUGUAACCAAAAAAUUUGCGACCAAGUUAGCACCUGAGAUCAGAAGUGAGGUAAUUACCAGUGAGACUUCAAUAGUGUCCAAUAGUGGACAAGAGGAAGAAAAAAUUUCAGAACGUAAGAUGAGCGGAACUACAGAAAAAACAGUAACUGAGCCUAAAUCCACUGAAAUUAUGCCAGCGGCAACCAAAAACUAUACGAAGAAGGUGAAACCUGAGACAAAAAGCGAAAGUAGAGAACAAUACAGUUUCGCUGAUGUUACCAAUCAGGAUUUCAGAGGGAAACCUCAAGGAAAAGAUUUUGAGACCACAGGAAUUACAACUGCGAUAACCAAAAAAUUCGAAACUGGGGUAAUACCUCAGAUUGAAACUGGAAUUUGGAAACAUUACAGUUUUGGUAUUAGACCUACUACGGCAAAAAAAAGUAAAAUGACAACUUUUGCAGAAAAUAGCAGUUUAACACCUAUUGAAACUUCUGAAUCUUCAAAUGAGACUGAACCAACAGAUAAUCUGGAGUUAACUAUGGCAACCACUACUUUGGAAGUUGAGUCUCUUGACGAUGAGAAAAAGAAAUUGUUCAGCUUUGCUGACUUUCUGUUAAAUACAAAGAACUUCGAAGCAACCUUAGGAAUCACACCCGAAAAAGUUAUUCCUGAAAUGGAAGAAAUGACGAACCUGUUUACAGAUAAUAGUUCUCCAUUAGAAAUAUGGUCUUCAGAAGAUUUCAAAAAUAUUUAUCCCAUUUCCUUGACAGAAAGUGAAACAGAAACUGAAGGUGAAGGGGUAAUCCAGCCUAUAACUCUUGAACAGCUAGCUACUACCUAUAAGGAGUUCAGGGAAAUUGAAAACGAAAAAGAUGAAUCAAAAUCUGGGGAGAAUGGAGAAAUGAACUUAGGAAUCUGGCAGAAAAGUACAGUGAUAUAUGAUGAGAACGAGGAACAGUUACCAUCGCAAAAAAUUGGAGAAGAGUUUGAUAUAUCGGCUGAAAUAAGAAGUAAAAUACUUGAAUCCGAACCAACUACUGAAAACACAG